CUCACCCUUAUCCUAAAACGCACACUAAACCCCUCUCCUCUCGACUAUAAGUACCCACCACAAUUAUUUUACUUUCCAAAACGUCACACACCAACCAAGCACUUCUCUCUUCGCUCUCUGUAAAACACCCUUCUCGUCAAACUCUACCUUCACGCUCUUUUUCCUCCGCUUCCACAUGACACGCGGGCUCAGACUCCUCCAAUCCCAGGCGGCGCCACCUCCUGAGGUCGCCGCCGCCGCCGUCGAGUCCGACUUUGUGGUCAUCCUGGCAGCGCUCCUCUGCGCCCUCAUUUGCGUGGUGGGCCUCGUCGCCAUCGCUCGCUGCGCCUGGCUCCGUCGGGCACCAGCUUACGUCGGCGGCGGUGGAUCUCCGCCGGCGCCGGCGAACAAGGGACUGAAGAAGAGAGUGGUGAAUUCGCUGCCGAAGUUCACGUACGCCGGCGAAGGUGAUCGGUGCAAGUGGACGGAGUGCCCGAUCUGCCUGACGGAAUUUUCCGGCGGCGACGAGGUCCGUGUGCUGCCGCAGUGCGGGCACGGGUUCCACGUGGCGUGCGUGGACACGUGGCUCUCUUCGCACUCCUCGUGCCCCUCGUGCCGCGCGCCCUUCGUCGUCGCCCGCUGCCAGAAGUGCGGCCACUUCCCGGCGGUCGCAGCCGAAACCAGCGAACCGCAGACGAAGCCCGGUGGCGGCUGCAAUGCCGAUGAUAAUCGUAAUGUAAUUGUUAACCACGUUAGUAAUUACGGUUUCUUGCCAUGAAAACACGACGUCGUUCUGGCGCAGCUUAAUGCUUAUUAAUGUUAUUGUUAUCAUUAGUUGAAAUUUAGGAGUAGCCUCUUCCUUUUGUAAUUUGUAUAGAGUCUGGUUUUUUUUGCGGGAUGAGUAAAAGUACUACCUUUUUUUCUGUCUAA